AUGAGCACGGCCAACCAUGCAUUCAAUACGGAGCCUGUUGAGAUUGUCCACGCAGCUCUUUUGCACGCAUUUACCAACACAUUCCACGACCGCUACCCACCGCCUUUCUUCAGCGAGGAGCAGGGUCGAGAAGCCUGUGACUCUUCUGUCAACCUUUCGAGAACCGUGGGCUGCUUUACCACCAUCUCCAUCAUUUCAGCCUUAGCUACACGCAGCAACAGCCUCACAGACAUGGUCCGUUGUGUUAAAGAUUCGCGCAGGCAGAGACCACGCAAUUGCCUAUCGCAUUGCACACCCCGGAGCCUUAGUCUCGCUGAUCAACAUGCAUUCGAGAUCAAAGACCCUGUGGAAAUUAUUUUCAGUUAUACGGACUUGAGUCAACAGUUCAAUAACCCGGAUUCCCUGUUCCAGCGAUGCAACAUUGCUUUCACGCAGUCUCCUGUUACGGUGACUAAUUUGGCGCGGUUUGCGCUAAUUGACAUAGCCGCAUCAGUUGUUCAGGGCCAGCUCAAGAUUGAAAUCACGUACAACAAGGAGAUGAAAGGACAAGACAGGAUAAUCCAGUGGAUUGGCAAAUCCGAGUGCUCGCUGAAAGCUGCAGCGGAGGAACUCCCGUUACUGAAACCAUGCUACACUAUUUGCGACUUCCCCUUGCUUUCGCUGUCUGAUACUACUCUGGACGAGCUUUCAAGAAGAGUUCUCCCGCACCUGGGCCUUUCUUCCGACCAAGUCCAAGAUAUCUAUCCCUCCGCUCCCGUGCAGCAGGGAAUGAUGAUGAGUCAGGCUAAGAGUCCAAGGCCCUACUGGACUAGAGUGCGAUGGACAGUGAAGUCGACAGGCACGCAGCCAGUCGACCUUGAUCGGUUGAAGCGUGCAUGGAAAUUAGUCGCGAGCCGGCACUCAAUCUUGAGGACAAUCUUCAUUGACGCUCUUGAGCCCAGCAAGAUCAAAAACCAGUUAGUGCUGAAGGACCCUCCGGUGGAUGUCAGCGUCUUGUGUACCGACCAGGCAGUUCCCCCGGUACCAACUAGCAACUUCAAAUGGCACACCGAUAUUUUCAACAGGAGAGACACACCACAGCAUUCUCUGGUUCUGGUACAAACAGCAUCUGGGAACUUGUUUUGUGAUUUGGAAAUCAAUCAUACCAUGUUCGAUGGCUAUUCCCUGAGCCUCAUAAGGCAAGAGAUAUGUGCAGCGUACACUGGUACCCUUUCCACUACACCAGCACCGCCAUACAAGAUGUACAUUGAUUACCUACAUAAACUGCCCAUGGAUGAAGGGAAACAAUUUUGGCAAAGUUAUCUUCAGGAGGCUCAGGCCUGUCACUUCCCAACGCUCUGGCAAACAGUCACAUCGCACAACCCAAAAGAUCGCACAGUCUUCUCGAUCUCGCUGGACUCGGCCACUCACCAUGCUCUGCUUGCUUUCUGUCAGCGGCAUGGGGUUACAUCCUCGAACGUGUUCUAUCUGGCCUGGGGACUCCUGCUUCGUGCCGUUACUGGCUCUGACAAGGUUUGUUUCGGAUAUGCAACGUCUGGACGUGAUGCCCCUUUCCCCGGGGUUGACAUGGUUGUUGGUCCUCUCAUCAACAUGCUCCUGUGUUUUCUCGAUUUUGAGACUCAGUCUUCGGUGCUGUCGACCAUGCAGAAGGUCCAGGAAGACUAUCUCGCUGCCUUAAGGUUUCAGUUCAUUCCACUCGGCAAAGCAAUGCAACUUUCAGGAACCUUCGGUCAGGGGAUCGUCAACACUGCGGUGUUUGCCCAGGUUGGUCCAACUGAUAAGGACAGAAACCAACACGAAAUUUCAAUAUCAGAUCAGACAGGUCGUGGGUCGCCAGAUGUAUGUGUGCCUCCUAUUUUGCCUUAG